AUGGGAGUGUCUGGCGACAAUGUUGCUUCGGUCGGCGACUGCAGCACCAGCAGCAGCACGAGCGGGGCGUCAAAUUGGAGCGGCUUCAACGCGGCGCUGGGGCGCGCCAGCGCCGCGGCCUGCCUAUGCAGCCUGACAACUGGCUGGACCUUUGGCAUAUGGGGCGGCCUGACAGCCAUGCCCGCAUUUGCGGCCGCCUUCUUUCCACGCAGCACCGCCGGCGGCGGCAGCGGCAGCAGCAGCAGCGGCGGCAGCGGCGCCGCGUACUGCAUGUUUGAGGACCCCCUGCUGUCCUUGGGGAACAGCAUCAUAUACCUCACAGCACUGCCCGCGCUCGCCGCCGCCGCGCGGCUGACGCACGCGCGCGGCCGCAAGCCGACGAUGUGGGGGAUCGCCGCGCUGCAGAUCGCGGGCGCGGCGGCGGGCGCGGCAGCGCCGAACCUGGCGUCGGUGUUUGUGUCGCGCGCGCUCCUGGGCGCCGCGAUGGGCUGCAGCUUCCAAGCGCCCACCAUGCUGCUGUCAGAGGUCCUGCCGCGCCACCUGCGUGGCGCCGGCAUGUACACAUACAACCUGUUCAUGCUGCUGGGCUUCCUGAUAUCGGCGGUCGCAAACCAAGCGCUGCACGUGCUGCCAUGGGGCUGGCGCCUGAGCGUCGGCCUCAUGGCUGCGCCUGGGCUGGCGCUUGCUGCUCUGCUGCCGUGGGUAGCGGAGAGCCCGCAGGCCAUGCUGCAGCGAGGGGACGAGGAGGGAGCGGAGCAGGCACUCGUGACCCUGCGGCCCCCGGGCUCAGACAUAUCGUCAGAGCUCUCCCAAAUCCGCGCCGCAGCCGCGCGCGCCGCGGCCCUCGCGGGCGGCCGGCAGCGCGCCAAGGCAAUGCUAUGCGACCACCACCCCGAGCUGGCGGCGUCGGUGCUGUACCCCUUGGUGCUGAUCUUGACGGGGUUGACCGUGCUGUCCAGCUGGACACCCAACCUGCUGCUCGCCUUGGGCGCUGACCCGGGGUUUGCGCUGAAGGGCAACACCAUCAUGAUGGCCGCCGGCCUCGCCGCGGCAAUACCGACCGUGAUUGUCGUCGAGCGCACCGGCCGCCGCACCCUGCUUGCUGCUGGCGGCGCCGUCAUCACCGCCUCCAUGGCCAUCCUGGCAGCUCUGCUUGCGGUGUACCUGCCGGCCAGCUCUGACAGCACCACCGCAUCUGGCCAGCCGUUGCAGCAGCAACAGCAGCGGCAGCCGCCGGCCGCGCUGCUGCCGGUGGCGGUGGUGCUGCUGUGCAUCAACAGGAUCGCAAUGUCGAUCACGCUGCAGCCGCUUGCCGCGACAGUGCCUGCGGAGGUCCAGCCGCUGCAGCUGCGCAGCGACUUCUCGAGCCUGACCACUGGCGUCCGCAAUCUUUCGGGCUUCUUCGUGACCCAGUUUGCGCUGCCGUUGCUGUGCGCCGCGCAUUGGGGCUUGUUCCUUGUGUUCGGCGGCUGCGCCGCAGUGGGCUCGCUCGCACUGUGGCUGCUGGUGCCGGAGACCCGAGGGCUGCCCCUGGAAGACGUGUACCACUCGUGGCACGACCACUGGCUGUGGGGCCGCCACCGCUGCGUGCGGGAGCGCGCACGCGUGGACGCCGCGGUCCCUGGGACGCUCGAGGCGGAGAAGGGUUCGGACACAGUGUGA